CAACACUGAAGUGCAUGCCGCUUAUGCGCCACCAGCGACUUCCUUUCCGUUCUUUCCUGUUCUUUUCAGACCGUGUUUCUUGGUUAUCAAGAUGCAGAAGAAACAAAAGGAACCGAUUCACUCCGUGCAGGUCUUCGGACGCAAGAAAAGCGCGACCGCAGUUGCAUACUGCAAACGCGGCCGUGGAAAUCUCCGCGUCAACGGUCGGCCGCUGGAGCUGGUGGAACCCCGUGUGUUGCAGUACAAAUUGCAGGAGCCUAUUCUACUGCUAGGGAAAGAAAAGUUCUCUGGAGUUGAUAUUAGAGUGAGGGUGAGUGGUGGUGGUCACGUGGCACAGAUCUAUGCAAUUCGACAAGCUAUUUCUAAAGCUCUUGUUGCUUAUUAUCAAAAAUAUGUUGACGAAGCCAGCAAGAAGGAAGUAAAGGAUAUUCUAAUCCAAUACGAUCGUACUCUCCUUGUUGCUGACCCAAGGAGGUGCGAGCCAAAGAAAUUUGGUGGUCCAGGUGCCAGAGCACGAUACCAGAAAUCUUAUCGUUAAUUAUACAAGGUUUACAUCUUAUUCAUAUUACUGAAUAAAAAAACUAUGUAUAAAAUCUA